AUGGCUUCGGAACCGUCGCUGUUCGCCAAGCUAGACGCCGUAGUGUCUGACGUUCUGGCAGACUGGAACCUCUACACUACCGUCAUCGCAGGCGCUAUCGUUGCCUUCGUUAUUUAUUCCUUCGUCACCUCGAGCGACCCCGAUAUUCAUCCGUUUUUGCUUGCCCGUCAGUCGUCCGCCUUUCCCGUGCGCCAGCCUGGCGAGUCGGCCAGCUACAGGAGCCUUGAGACUCCGCACGGCUUUCCCCUUCGUUCCGGCCUCAAUGUGAAAGACCCCGGAGCCCCGAAAUGGACUAGUGGAAGAAAAGGAGACUUGCGAGAUAUCUGGAAAGCUGCUGUGCGCGGAGCCGUCGACGAGACGGGCCAGAUUUCGGGCAAACAAGGCAAGGUCUAUACAGUGCUUGGAAGGAAAGCGAUCGAACACUCGUUGGAUCAAGUGACUCAGGAGAUCAAUGUGAUUGGACACCGUCUACAAGAAUCCGGUAUCAAAACUGUUGCAAUCUGUCUGACAGACUCGGUUGAACUGUUGGCCGCAAUCUUUGCCGGCGCUUUCUACGGUUUCAAGACCAUUAUCGUCCCUCAUAACCUUGACCCUGAAUCUCUAUCCGCACUUCUGCAAAAGUCCCAGGCUGAAGCUCUUAUUGCCGAGGCCGGCGCUCUCGAUCUGUCUUAUGUGGCCAAUAGUAAUAGACAGCUUCACCAAGUCAUCUGGGUGGCAAAGCUGGGGAGUAGACAUAUGGACUGGAAUGACGUGCCUGAAGAUGUCAAGGGCAACUUGGAAGUGACUGUCUGGCAUGAGCUGGUUGAAGAGAAGAAGGACUUGGCUGGACUGGAGGUGCCGAAGUGGGAGCCCAAUUCCCCUACGCCGUCCCUGACCACCGUUUGGCCGUCGGCGACGGGUCCCGGUGAUUUCAUUGAAUAUCAAUCAGAGAACUUGGUCUCGGGUAUCGCUGGCCUCACUUACGCAUUACCUCGAAACCAGCGUUUUGGUCCCAGUGAUUUGGUUCUCUCCAUUGACUCUCUUUCUCGGUCUUACCCCCUGUGCCAGAUCAUGGCUGCUCUGUAUUCCAAUGCAUCCGUUGCCGUUAACUCUGUCGCUGGUGAAAGCGUUGAUUUCGCGCUCGCCACUGUAGGAUUGUCCCCCACUGUCAUUGUCGCAUCGUCUCGCACCAUGGCCGACUAUCAUGACAAGUACAUGGAACCCCAUUCCGGCAUCAUUACCUCGCUAGCUCGUUGGUUCCACGUUCGAACUCUUGAUUCCGGGGUUAUGCCGUCGCAUGGCCUGUUCAGUCAGCUUGCCACAGUCGGGCCGACCGCUGAAUUGUCACUUGAUAAACUCCGUCUGUUGUGUAUCUCUCAUCGGUUUGAUGCGGACCGUGAAGUCCGUCUGACCACUGGUCAGCUGACUGAUUUGAGGGUCUUCACCGGCGCUCGCACUGUCUAUGCCCUGACUGGCCCCGGGAUCGCCGGCGCUGUUGCUCAGACCAACAUCUUCGAUUACAGGCGACUCCAGGGAGCCAGUCCCUUUGGAUCUCCCUUGAGCAGCGUUGAGGUUUUGCUGACUGACGUGCCCGAAGACCAGGAACUUGAAGGCCAAAUCACCGUUGCCGGUCCUGCCGUUAUCUCUGGCAAGACGACUCUUCCCACGCAAGGCCGCAUACGCGAUGACAACACUUUGCAAUUGGUUUGA